AUGACUUCAACCUCCACAACCCCCAUGCCCAACAUUGGCGGCCUGCUGGCCCCGUUAUUGCCUGCCUUGGUGCCCGCAAGCAUCUCUACUCAGCCCGCCAUCGGUGUCCUGCCCCUUCUGAGUCCCAUUUUGAGACAGAGAGUUCAGCUUCUUUCGGAAUCCAGCACAGAGCCCUGGCUCCGUCUCUUAGCAUACGACACAGACAAGGCGGCGCGCCUGUUGGAGAUCGUCCAGAGCGGCAGGCUGGAACCGCACCCCGUAUCAGGAGAGGUCGAGGUAGACUGGGAGUAUGACGCGAAGACGAGGUACAGGCGCCUUGACCUGGAAACCUUGCAGGCCUUUGUUGUCCUCGAGGAGCUCGAGUUGACCUUUCAGCUCGUCUACUGUGUUGGCGACAAGGACGGUGGCGGCGACGGUUGGAGGAUCGGCGAGGUCAGCGUUAUCGGCAAAGCGGCGCCCUUUGGAACCUUUGGUGGUUACUCAACCAUCGCCGAGGCUGAGAAGGCCUACGCCGAUGAAAAAUCUAAGACGAGCGUUUCCAAGGCACCAGCCAGUGUAUCGCACAACGAUGUUCCCGAGGCGGAGGAGGAAGAGGACGACGGAUAUUGGGACAGAUACGAUGCAACUCCCGCGCGUACCCCGGCAAACGACUCUCCCGCUACCAAGCGCUCUCCCGCACCGCAUGUACAGCGGCCGUCGCAGCUUGGACAGUUCCGAACAGACUCGGCAGAGGACGCCUACUAUGCACAGUACGAUUCAGUACAGCCGGCGAUGGACGCCCAUGACCCCGAUGAAGAAGUGGAAGGCUUCGACGUUGCCCCUCCCCUGGGACUGGGUACUGUUACCCGAGACAGUUCGGAUAGGGGACUCAUCGAGACGAACGGCUCCUGGACACUGGCCGAGCCGCCUCGUUCGCCCUCGAUCCGCAGCCAGCAGGAUGAGGACAGAGCUGCCGUGCUUCUUCACCCGCGCCCGGCUUCGAGCGCGAGCAGCAAUGGCAGCCGUUUGGUUGAGAAGCUCGAGGAGUCCGUGGGUAAGCAUGAACAGAACGAGUUUGGAGUCAAGCAGCAUGUGUCGCGAAGCAUCCACAACCUCUUCCUGCUGGCGCGCUCGUCUGGUAUCGACAGGGAGGAAUUCGAACGCUUGGUGAAGACCGAGUUGGACGUCCUCGGCAUGAUUGAAGACAAUGAGAUCUGA